AUGGGAAAGGGCAAUCUGGUUCAGACCUCCUCCAUUUUGGAAUAUGACUUUGGGGAAGAAGGAGAUCUCUUCAAAGCUCCAGAACCGAUUAUUGAAGAACCAGGGGUGGGGCUUGAUCCCAUGAUGGCUGCCAUUUCAAUGAUCUCUUGUGGAGAUGAUGUGGUCUCCCCACAAGCGCUCAAGGUUGCAGGUAUUGAAUCAAUACAGAGUGAGCAACUUUUGAGUGAGGUUUUCUAUGAAUGCAAGAGGGAUCUCUUGGCAAAAGAAGCAAUUGGUACACCACUCUCAGUGGUUCUGGACAUCAAGAUUCCUGGUGUGAGGAUAGAUGAAAAUCCGAUUGCAGAAGAAAAAUUGCUUCCUCAGGAACAACUGCAGAAAAGUAUUAGCUCAGGGUGUUUAAGCUCGAUGGAGUGGGUGCACGGGGCUUCAAUAAGGCCUAAUUUUAUGGAUUUUCCUGGACUGGACUUUGGAACUGUGUAUGGGAUGCGAAGGGCAUUCAGUGAAGGAGAUAUAAAGACUCUUGGUAAUGAUAAUGUGGGCCUCAUCCAUUCUUCCCUAGGGCAGUCACAACUUAACAGCAAUUGCAUCACUGAAGAUCGUCAGCAAAAGCUUUCCAGAUACAGGAAUAAGAAAACAAAGAGGAACUUUGGCAGGAAAAUCAAGUAUGCUUGCAGGAAGGCUCUGGCUGACAGUCAACCGAGGAUCCGUGGAAGGUUUGCAAAGACCGACGAAUCUGAUUCUUCCAAGAAGCAACACUGUUAA